ACUUCAUGGGUUCUUUUGGUGAAAUGAAAUGAAAUUGAAAAAUUUUGAUUUUGUUUUUGGUUUGCAGUAAUAUGCUGCAGAGUCGAUGAUGAUGAUCAUGAAGCACGUGCAUCCUCAGAUUUCCAUCACACCAGUGGAACUAAAGUGAUAAAAUUCCAAUUCCAAAGAGACAAAAAAGAAUUGUUUUUGAAGAAACCGAGAGAUCAUAUUUCAUAUAAUAUACAUGGCGACGUACUUUCAUGGCAACUCCGAAAUUCAAGCGGCGACCGACGGCGGUCUACAGACACUCGUCCUGAUGAACCCCACCGGAUACAUCCCCUAUUCCGACAGCCCUCCGCCGCCGCACUCCGCAGCAGCCCAAGGAAACCUAUUCUUCCUCAACUCUGCCGCCGCCGCACUCGCUCACCACCACGCGCCGCCGCAGCAGCAGCAGCCUCAGCAGGCCACCCAACACUUCGUCCCCGCCGCCAACGACCUCUCUGCACUCCACGGCUUCAUCCAGCCGCCGCGCGUGCAGUACAACCUCUGGAAGCCCUCUCCCGACCCCUCCGCGGUGGCGCGUGACACCCCACGCGCAGGUCAGGGAGGCCUGUCUCUGACCCUGUCGUCGCAGCAGCUGGGGUUUGGGUCGCCCUCCUCGCAAGCCCACGCGCCGCCACAUACGGCUGCCGGAGAGGAUAUGAGGGUCUCGGGCGGGUCGUCAUCGUCGGUGUCGGGAAUUACGAACGGCGCUUCGGGGAUACAAAGCGUGCUUCUGAGCUCAAAGUACUUGAAGGCAGCUCAGGAGCUUCUUGACGAGGUUGUGAACGUCGGAAAUGGGAUCGGAGCGGAGACGGCGAGGAAGGGGAAGGUUGUCGGGGAGCUGUCGGCGGCAGCGAGUGGAGAUGGAUCGGGUGCUGUUGGCGGCGGAGGAGGAGAAGGGAGUGGGAAGAGAGCGGUGGAGCUGACGCCGGCGGAGAGGCAGGAAAUUCAGAUGAAGAAAGCCAAGUUGAUUAGCAUGCUUGAUGAGGUGGAACAAAGAUACAGACAGUACCACCACCAGAUGCAGAUAGUGAUAUCCUCAUUUGAGCAAGCAGCUGGAGUAGGCUCGGCCAGGACUUACACCGCCCUCGCGCUCCAGACAAUCUCGAAGCAAUUCCGGUGCCUGAAGGACGCCAUAACAGGCCAAAUCAGGGCGGCGAAUAAGAGCCUAGGCGAAGAAGACUGCCUUGGAGGGAAGAUCGAAGGCUCGCGGCUCAAAUACGUCGACCACCAUCUCCGGCAGCAGCGGGCUCUCCAACAAUUGGGAAUGAUCCAGCAAAACGCUUGGAGACCCCAGAGAGGAUUGCCCGAAAGAUCGGUCUCCUUUCUCCGCGCUUGGCUUUUCGAGCACUUUCUUCACCCGUAUCCCAAGGAUUCAGAUAAGCAAAUGCUUGCAAAACAAACAGGGCUCACAAGAAGUCAGGUUUCUAACUGGUUCAUCAAUGCUCGAGUUCGUCUCUGGAAGCCAAUGGUGGAGGAAAUGUACUUGGAGGAGAUCAAGGAGCAAGAGCAGAACGGAUGUGCAGAAAAAAUCAGCAAGAGCAACGACGAUUCUGACUCGAAAUCCACCGCUCCGAAAGAGAAAAGCCCUGCCUCCGCCUCUGCCACCGACAACCAAACGGCUAAUUUCAACUCAAAGCAGGAGAAUUCAACAGCAGCAGCGCAAUUCAUCCCCUCGGCAAUAUCAAUGUCUACGCCGUCGACGUCCCCCACCGGAGGCAAUCCUCCGAGGAACCACUCCGGAUUUUCCCUCAUUGGUUCAUCAGAGCUGGAUGGCAUAACACAAGGCAGUCCAAAGAAGCCUAGGAAUGAUAUGAUGCAGUCUCCUAACAGUAUACCAUCAAUAACCAUGGAUGUGAAGCCUGGGAAAAUGGGAAAUGACCAUAUUUCUUCAAUGAAAUUUGGGGAUGAGAGGCAAAGCAGAGAUGGGUACUCCUUCAUGGGAGGCCAAACCAACUUUAUUUCGGGGUUCGGGCAAUACCCGAUUGGGGAAAUUGGCAGGUUUGAUGCAGAGCAGUUCACACCAAGGUUUUCAGGAAAUGGGGUUUCCCUAACUCUUGGUCUUCCACACUGUGAAAACCUCUCUUUAUCUGGAGCUCAUCAAAGUUUUGUCUCUAACCAAAGCAUUCAGUUGGGUAGGAACAUUGGGGAACCAAAUGAGUAUAGUGCCAUAAACACUUCAGCUCCUCACUCUUCUGCUGCUGCUGCUUUUGAGACCAUCAACAUUCAGAACCCGAAGCGAUUCGCCGCACAGUUGUUGCCCGACUACGUCGCGUGAUUAGGAUUUUGAAUAAUGCCUUCGGACAUUUCAUGAUCAUCAGCAUUUUAGGUGGGGUCUCUCCAAAAAUUUCUUUUUAGGGGAAACAAUGGGUUGGUUAAAUGCAAUGGUAGUGUAAAGAAAGGAAGAAGAAUUUUACUUGUAGUAUAGAUAGGUCUAUACAUUGUCAAUAGAACAAUUUCAGCUCUUAGGAUUUGAGAGCAUAUGCUUGAGGAUUGUAUAUUAUUUUUGUAAGUUUUGAUGAUGGAUAGAUGGAUUGGUGUCAUAAAUUGGUCAAUUGGGUAUACCAUUAUAUGAUUAAAAGUAGACUUUGUGAUUUGUAUAAUUCAUAAUUGAAGGAGAAAAGAUUAGGAAUUAUAAUGCUUAA